AUGGGAACACUGGUCAUUUGGUUUUAUACGGCAUGUCUGUAUGUCAGUUCUAAUUUCACACCAAUAGUUGUUAUUAUCAGACAUAAUGAUUUGGAAUACAAAAACAUCUCAUACGAAGGAUAUAUAUUUUCCACAAAUUUUCAAGUUGACCAGCAAAUGAAAGAUCAGAACACAGUAAUACUAGUAUGUGAAGGAAUACAGACCGUGUCAACGGUUAAGAUGAAUGGUGAAGAAAUCGGCAAAACAAACAAUCAAUUCAUUAGAUAUGUAUUCAACGUCUCAUCUCAGGUUAAGGAAGGAAGCAACAAGAUAGAAUUUUAUUUCGAGUCUAGUGUGAGUUAUGCAAACCAGAAAUCAGACGAUUACGGGAAAGUUGUUCCACCAGAGUGUCCUUCCGACGAGUUUAAUCCCGAAUGUCAUGCCAAUUUUAUACGCUCUACGCAGUCGUCGUUUGGUUGGGAAAUGGGACCAGCAUUCCCGACUCAGGGAAUAUGGAAAUCUAUUUAUCUAGAAGGAUACAAUCGAGCUAAAGUUAUGGAUGUAAUGGCGUGGCCAUAUAAAGAGAUGGAGGGCGACAUGUUGUCAUCGUGGAUGCUGAACGUGACGGUUCAUCUUAAAGUGACCGAUGACGUCGACUCUUAUGAUACACUUAUUGUUGAACUAGAAGCGCUUGGUGUGAGAGAGGAAGUGAUAUUCUUAGAACCUCUUGAAGCUGGGGACCAGAAAGUGUCUGUCACACUCAGAGUACCGACGGCUGAUACGUGGUGGCCAGUCGGUUAUGGAGAUCAUCCCAUCUAUAAACUGAAUGUGGAGUUUAUUAGUGAAAAGUAUUUUGAGAAAUCUUCCAAAACAAUCAAUGUAGGAUUCCGAACUGUUGAGUUAGUAGAAGAGAUCGUAGGAACAGGUACUACAACGGAAGGUUAUAGCUUCUACUUCAAAGUUAAUGGUCUUCCGAUUUUCGUAAAAGGAGCUUCGUGGAUUCCCGUGGAUUCGUUUUUAGAUCGUGCUACACCCUACAGGAUUCGUAAACUAUUAGAAUCAGCAUUGUGGGCCAAUAUGAAUAUGAUACGAGUUUGGGGAGGCGGUGUGUAUGAGAACGACCUACUCUACGAUUUUGCGGAUGAAAAUGGUCUGUUGAUAUGGCAAGAUUUCAUGUUCGCUGUAUCUAUGUAUCCUGCUGAUGAUGAGUUUCUAGCCACUGUCGAAGAUGAAGUUAGACACCAGGUUCGCCGACUUUCACACCAUCCGUCCAUUGUUAUAUGGGUUGGAAACAGCGAAACUGAACUAGCUUAUAAUGAAAAGUGGUUUGAUAUAGAGCCUGACUCCGAUGAGGAUUACGAUGAACUGUUUACAAGAAUUGAAAAGACAAUUUUGGAAGAAGAUGACAGCCGUUAUUUCAUGAUGUCCAGUCCUUCUAAUGGUAAAAAGAAUAAAGAAGACGACACGAGCAUUUCCACAAACCCGAACGACGAUAAAUAUGGAACAAGGCAUUUUUUCAACUAUGCAGAAGACUGUUUGGAUAUAUCGACAUACCCAACACCUCGCUUUGUGGCGGAAUUUGGAUUCCAGUCUUGGCCAUCUUUUCAGACAUUGGAAAGAAUAUCGGAUGAAGACGACUGGUAUUACGACAGUGCAUUCAUGGACCAUAGACAGCACCAGUCCAAAGCCGGUGAUGCGAUUGACGUGCAGUUAAAUGGUUAUUUUCACAAGCCGAGUCAGGGCGAUACGUUACAACAAUUUAAAGACACUCUGUACCUAUCUCAGAUUUCACAAUCUCUCUGCUAUCGAUAUCAAACCGAACACUACAGAAGGUUACAGAGUGACCCAAAUAUCAAGACCAUGGGGGCGCUAUAUUGGCAUUUGAACAGUAUAUGGCAGGGUCCUACUUGGUCGUCCGUGGAGUUUGGCGAACGUUUUAAAAUGUUGCACUACUCCGCCAGAAAGUUCUUUUCUCCGCUGAUAGUCUCACCAUACGAGGACGUAGUGGGCGAUAUAUACAUAUAUAUUGUGAAUGACCACCCGUACGACAUCGAAAACUUGACACUCAGCGUUGAAUUCUGGAAGUGGGAUAGCACUGACUUCACAGCUACUACGGAAUUCAAUCACAACAUAGAUAUAGUACAUGGACAGAGUUCCCAAAUCGUUUACUCUAAAAUCAGCGGUAUUGACAAUAUGAUAUCAGCGACAUCGUGCUCCCGUAAAGAAUGUGUCGCUACAUUCAGUUUAACUGAUCAUGUGACAGGUCACGAUAUGGCCCCAAGAACUGAAUUAUACUUGUCAUCUUUUAAAGAUGUGGUGGGACUGCAAGAGGCAGACCUGAAAGUUAAAUUGUUGGAACCCACAGACUCAGAAGAAACUGGAUUUUUAACAGAGUUUGAGGUGAACGUGACCACUGACGCUAUUACAGCUUUCACGUGGCUGGGCACUGACACGAUCACCGGCCACUUCUCUGAUAAUGGUUUCUUACUGACUGAGCCAUGGAAAAUAAUCCAAUUCACCGCCUGGCACCCAGUUGAAUAUGAAGACUUGAAGGACAAUAUUAACGUACAAAGUCUCAGGGACACGUACUAA